AUGACAAAUUGUGAACAAUGUAAAUGUAGUUCAGACUGUAAAUGUUGCAUUAAAGUUUGUCCUGAAGGAGAAACCAAAAAAAAUAACAACGGUAAAUGUUGUUGUUGUUGCUCAUGUUGUAAAGAUGAAUGUAAAUGUUCACCAGAAUGUAUUUGUAAGAAAAACCAGUGCCAUGCAGAUAAACAUUCAGAAUCAAAAUGUUGUAAAUGCUGA